ACUGGGACAUCUACAGCUUUCACAUCAACUCCACAGUGACCAGCCGUUAUGCUACCACUGUCAUCACAAGUCGUGUGGCCAAUCGUAUGGAUGAGUCAAAGGAAAUAGAAUUCCAAGUCCGGAUUCCCAAGAAUGCCUUCAUCAGUAAAUUCAGAAUGUUUAUGGAUGGCCAGGUGUUCGAUGGCGUUGUGAAAGCUAAGGAGGAAGCUCAGCAGCAGUACACUGAGGCUGUGUCCCGUGGGGAAAGUGCAGGCCUUGUCAGUUCUGUAGGGAGGACCCUGGAAGAAUUUAAGACCUCUGUAGCUGUGGCUGCUCACAAAAAGGUGACUUUUGAACUCACAUAUGAAGAACUGCUGAAACGGACGCUUGGCAAGUACGAACUGCAAAUCUACGCUCGCCCCAUGCAACCUGUCAAAGACUUCAAGCUUGACGUGAACAUUCAUGAGGAAGCCGGCAUCAAUUUCAUCACGGUUAAAGGAGGACUAGCUCUGGCUGAUGCAAUCACCCAAACACAUGAAGGGAAACAG